UUAUUUGGCUCCAUCACCUCCACCUUGGCCCAGUCUUUCAACCAGAUAUACAACAGAAAGUACGCCUACAACCAGCUAAUGAAGUUUGCAAUAUGGGGCUCUAUCAAUGGCGUUCUAACUUGCAUGUGGAUCGACUUUUUGGUCUUUCGGUUUGAUAACAUUGUUUUCCGAGUUCUUGUUGAUCAAUCAAUUGGCUCGCCAACCUUUCAGUUGAUAUAUUUUUUAUUAAGCUGUCUUUGGGAUAAUUUGGAGAUCAAAAAAUCGUUCAAAUCCAUUUUCUUGCGAGGUUUGAAGUACUCUUAUUUUAUCUGGCCAACCUUUUCAUGCCUAAGCUUCAUGAUAUUACCUCCCGAAUACAUUUUUCCUGCCAACUGUAUGGUCAACUUGAUCUGGAACAUUAUUUUAAGU